GCUGCUCCAGAGCAAAGCGUCGACUUGCUGCUGUCCACCAUGACUGUGACACAUUUGGCCGUCGUCCUUGUUUCCCUGCUGUCCUUCAGCGCCACAGCACCAGCAGAAGACGAAUGCAGCCAGAUGACCAGAACUCUGACAGCUGAACAGAUUGACCAGAUCCUGGGCCGUUGAAUCUUCAUUGAGGGGACAGUUAAAAAUGACUUCUUUGGCCCUGUGCUGGACCACAUUGAAAGCAUGUGGAUGGUGCUGAACAGAACAGCAGACAACCAGACCCUGAUGUUAAACCAGGCAAACCGCCUGGCUGCAGAGCAGCAGCCUGAACCAAUGAAUGGACAAUGUUUCCAAAGCGCAGUGAAUGUUACCCUGGUCAGAGGCAAAGACUUGGAGUUUCACAUCCCAGCUGCUGCAUCCUAUCACAGGUUCUUGCACACCUGCUCUGACUGCCUGCUCAUGCACACCUACAACAACGAAAACCAUUUCCAGAUGUUCUACCUGUUUGGCAGGAAUACAACGGUGGCAGCCUCUGAUUUGAACGUCUUCAGGAAACAAGCUGAAUGCCUCCGGUUUCCUCUGCCAUCAAAGUUUCAGUACGACACCAGCAAAGAACUCUGUCCAGCGUAGAGGAUGGAGCAACAGAGCAGCUGCUGCUGAUUAGUUUCCAUGCACCGUCAUUUUACUCACCUGAUGUCUUCAUCUUCUUAGCCCUCCCCUUGAUUGAAACGGGAUGCUUAGUAAAUUCAUCAAACACCUUUUAGCUGGACCAUGCACUACUUAUUUGCCAAAUGUUUUUCUUUUUAAAUCAUUUAGUGAACUAUAAAAAUACAAGACGCUGUAACGGCCACAUAGUUGUACAUUGUCAGAAGAUCCUAUUCAUUUUAUUAUUUUAUUUAUUUUAUCUAUUUUAAAAAGCAAAGUUGUAAAACUUAAGAACUGUAACCCCUUUAAUGUGUUUGAAUGCUACCAACACGUUAAUUUAUUGUCAAUAAUGUCGGUACAAAUCUCGCUUUUAAGCGACCUUUAUAAUAUAUGAUUAUGUUUUAAAUCAAAUAAAAAAAAAAUAAGAAGAAGAACUUUAUAAUAAAACCAAUGGUACACUUUACACCUUCAGUGGUCAGCGGGUCAGAUUUGACCCGAACACCACAUGCGCUAAUGCCUUCUAACAAAAAAGGAGGGCGAUUAUGUAUGGAGCUUAAGUUUCCAACAAUUUUUACGCGACUAUGAACGUCUCAUAAAUGUUAUCUCGCGAGAAGAAAAUCCCUUCGAGUGCAGUACGUGGCUUCACAGCUGGGCAGUGGAGGUUCAGGGGUGUUUUAGUUCGGAGGUGGAGACACAAUGUUUACAUUUACAGUAUCCGUUCAUAGAUAACUACCAGCUGAUAUUUACACACCGUCCGAGUCAGGAAGUAAAUGUGAGAGGCAGCCGUCUUCGAGAAAGCUCUUCAGCGUCCGCCUUUCUUCCUUUCCCCGGGGAGCGGCAGUGAAGGAGCCUCCGCCGGCGUGUGAGGUCACUGGUCGGCUCGACAUGGCAGAGAGCGGCUCCGCGGCUGAAUUGUCCGGCUCCCUGACGAGCUCGGCUCUUCCGCCACCCAGGACCCGGAUCUUCAAAAUCAUCGUCAUCGGGGACUCUGGCGUCGGGAAGACCUGUCUCACCUUCCGCUUCUGUGCGGGCAGGUUCCCCGAGAAGACCGAGGCCACGAUCGGGGUGGACUUCAGGGAGAGGCUGGUGGAGAUUGACGGAGAGAAAAUCAAGAUCCAGCUGUGGGACACUGCCGGCCAGGAGCGCUUCAGGAAGUCCAUGGUGCAGCAUUACUACCGCAACGUCCACGCCGUGGUGUUCGUCUACGACGUGACCAACGCCGCCAGCUUCCGCAGCCUCCCCGCCUGGAUCGAGGAGUGCAAGCAGCACGCCCUGGGAACCGAGGUGCCCAGGAUCCUGGUGGGGAACAAGUGCGACCUGCAGGACUCGGUCCAGGUGGGCACGGACGUAGCGCAGCAGUUUGCGGACGCUCACUCAAUGCCGCUGUUCGAGACGUCCGCCAAGAGCCCCAACAGCCUGGGAGACGGGAGCUACCGCGACAGCGACCACGUCGAGGCCAUCUUUAUGACUGUGGCCCACAAGCUCAAGUCCCAGAAGCCUUUAGUGCUGAGCCAGCCAGCCGAGGGGUCGGGAAGCACCGUCACCCUGAGCGGAGGGAGGAAUGACGACGGUGGCGGAGGCAGAGGGUGGAGCUGCAGCAGCUGCUGAGGACUCAAACUCCACUGGCUAGUGGACUCAAACUAGCCAGUUUGAGGACUCAAACUGGCUAGUCAAAACUCUGGAGGAGCAGUUCCUGGAGGACCUGCUCCUCCAGGUCUUGCUCCAGACCUGGAGCAAGGAGAGGAAAACUACAGAGCACUGAUGAAUACCACAGUGUGUUAGGGCCAAUGUAGAUAGAAAAAGAAAGGAAGAGUAUAUACAAAAACUCAGACAUUUUGAGAUUAAUCUCAGAAAUUUUCUAGAAGAAAAUAAGGAAAUUUUCUGAGGUUGGAAAGUUGAAGAUUUGCUAGAAAAAAUUCUAAUGUUGCGAUUACUCAGAAAUUUGCUAGAAGAAACAUGGAAGCUUCUCAGUUUGAAAAGUCAAAAGUUUGCUACAAAAAUCUGAGAAUUUUUUAAUUAAAAGAUGCAAAUUUUCGACUUAUAAAACUCAGAAAUAUCCAUGUUUUUGUUCUAGAAAAUGAUGGAAAUUUACUCCUGUUUUUCUCUGUCUACGAUGGCCCUUGUACACGUUGUAGAUGAACCAUACUGCUUGUUUACAUGAUUUUCUUAAUGCCAUCACUUCACUCAGCUGUUUCCUGGUCAGAUCAUGUUGUCCAGAUAUGAUCUGUUUCACUGCCAAAUAUCCUGUCCAACCCAUUAGUACAGUGGUUCAUAAACCUGCUCCAUGCACUCCUGAUGCAUUCAUGACCUCCUCUGCAGACCCUCACUGCUGCAGGAGCCUGUUACUCACCCAUUCUUUUAAUUCAGCUGUUUGGAAGCAAGGUGACACCUAAAGCAUGCAGAGCUGAGGUAGUGGAGGAUCUAAUUUUCCCAUAAAAACUCCCAUAUUUUAGCAGUAAAUUCCAAUCAAAGGUGCUUUAUUUGGUUGUUGGAGACCAGACGUGAUUGUAACAGAACCAUCUCCACCUUAGUGAGCAGAGAAGAGACUCAGGAGGAGGAGGACCGGUCCAGGUAGGUCCACUCUGGUUGGCAGCAUGGUUCGAUGCCUUCAGGGCUCACCUCUGUUCUUUGGAUUUUCCAGUUAUGUCAGAGCAUCUGAGUGAAACGUGAGUGAAAUGGAAGACACUGAGCACAGAAGCUGAUUAAUCUUUAUAUAUGGUGGUUUGGUAUCCAAGGUGAUUGUUUAAUCAAACGAAUUAUCAACUGGACAUUCAGCUGUUUUUGUUUUUGCAUUGAUUUUACCGUUCAGUGGCUUUAUGUUGGUGUUGUUUUUUAGGAGAACAGUGAGCUUCAUUAGAAACGAGCUGGGAUGAUGGUAGAUUAAAAAACACAGAGAUUAGCUGGAGCCUGGACUGCAGCGAUGUGAAUUCCUGGAUUGGUUCUGAGCUCCUCCAUAGUUGGCCCAUAGUUGGGUCAGUAUGAGCCUCUCAGUGUGAUAAGAAAUGAAGAUUCAGCAGUUUCAUUUAGGAGGAUAUUGAUCAUUUAUCGGACCGAUAGAGAUAUGUUAAAACAUGACUAAUAUCAGCCAAUCCCAAUGUUAGUGCUGAUAUAUUGUGCAUUCCUACUUAAUAAGAGUGAUGAGUUGUGGCCCUUUAGAUUUCACACCAUGACUCUUACUUUGUUGCUACUUGAAAUAUUUCCAAACAGCCAAAUUAGUCUUUCUUGGAACAGUAAUGAAAACUUUGAAACUGUAACUUUUUUUUAUUCUAUGGUGUGUGUUGUUACUGGAAACCGGCCCACUGACACUGGGAUGUCGGUGUUAGUGGAAUGUGAGUGAAAUGUUCACACCUGCUUUUGUAACGUCUCUGAACAAAAUGAUAAACAGGAAGGAGUGCGGUGCUGCUUUAGCUGCUGACCUAAAGGGAUAAUUCAGCUUUGAAUUCUUAUUCACUUCUAUACAAAAAGACUUUAUUCAGGGAAUGAAAUGUUUUCGUACCUCAUAUCACCAAGUAUCUUUAGAGUCGCUGUGGAUGCUGAUGCCAGCUGCAUCAUUCAGCCUCAUGGUGGUAAUGACUUGAGACUGAUAUAACUGAUAUAAAUAAUAUAAUUUAUUAUUUAAUGUAUUAUGUCCUAGAUCAGUGGUUCUCAAACUUUUUUCAGUGAUGUACC